AAUAAAGUUUUUAUAUUGUCAUAAUUCUCCAAAAACCAAUCGAUAUUAGUGGCAUGCCACAGAGAAAGUCUUUGGCCAGCUUGGAAGAAAUAUUCCGAUCUACCAUAUGGUGGCAGGAAAAACAAAUGGAACAUCGCCGCAAUAUGUGUGAAUUUAAGUAAGGACCUGCUACUUUACCCCAGUGCCAGUGUUACCCAUAUCUCUGCUUCGGUUCGUUUUAAGUGCGCAAUUUGCAUUUGUGUGCUGAUGAUCCCUUAAUUCAAUUUGUGUGCUAGAAAAAGUUAUUAGUGCAAUCUGCAAUGAAUCCAACGCAUCCAUCAUCAUCGUCUUCUUCGACAACACCGGUGUUGCCGGUGCAGCUGCCGCUUCCGCUGCCACUAACCGCUUGCACUUUUUCAUUGCAAUCAGCUCAGGGACAGCAGGUGGCAAGUGCUACCACAGCCGCUGCAGCGGUAAUAUGCAACUCAGAGGCUGAAUGCAAGCAACUGUGUACAAUUUGUGCGUCUCGGGGCUUUAUUUUGAAAAAUAUAUCCUUACAAGUUCCGCUCACGUAUGAGUAUUCCCUUUUUGGUGAGGGGGUAAAUGCUACUCAACAGCAAGCUCAAUUACAGCAACAACAGCAACAGCAUCAACAACAGCAGUAUCCACUCCAUCAACAGCAACAGCAACAACGUGGGGGCGGUAGCAGCAUUCAGGAUAUAAAUGGCAACAGCUACGUCAUGGAAGGUUAUCAUUCGUAUGAUUUUUGUUGUGAGAAGAUUUUUGUUCCCGGUGCAAGCUCGGAAGCUGUUGCGGAUGGUGCUGGAGGAUAUGUGUAUAUGAAUGGAGACCCUGUAAAAAUCAAUCAACCCGUCACAACCACCGUUUAUGCAAAUGUUCCUGUUGAAACGGCAAUGUUAGCUACAAAUUUAUAUGGUCAAGCUACACCAUUGGCAGCCCCACCAGCAGCACAUAUACCCAUUCUAGCAGCGCCACAACAGCCACCACAACCUCAACCACAGCCGCCUCAACAGCAGCAACAACAGCAACAACAACAAUUGCAACAACAACAUUCACAACCUCACAAUCAACAACCACAACAACAGCCCACAACGAUCGAAAACGAUUAUACAGUCAUGAACGGCACAAUGCAAGAAACUUUAGUUGGUUAUAGCCAAGAUGAUCUGAACAACAUGACAAAUUCAGUAUCAGCAGAUCAAUUGCCAGGCAAUACAACUUCUGGAGUUGUAACAAACAAUCAGCAACAGCAGCUGGUUCCUGCUAAUGGACAAGGUGUUGGACCAAUUGAUCCAAAUGGUAUACCAUUAGAUCAAUUGAAACAGAUGCUAGCCACACAAUUGGAAUAUUAUUUUUCAAGAGAAAAUUUGGCCAACGACACAUAUUUAUUGACGCAAAUGGACAGUGACCAGUAUGUUCCGAUAUGGACAGUGGCAAAUUUUAAUCUAGUUAAGAAACUGACAAAAGACAUUAAGCUGAUAACAGAGGUCCUAAGGGAGUCUCCCAACGUCCAGGUUGACGAGGAGGGUUUAAGAGUUCGUCCCAAUCAUAAACGAUGUAUUAUAAUUCUGCGAGAGAUUCCAGACAAAACGCCGUUAGAAGAAGUUAAGAACAUAUUCAACAAUGAAAAUUGUCCACGAGUAAUAUCGUGUGAAUUUGCACACAACGACUCGUGGUAUGUUACUUUUGAGUCCGAUGAAGAUGCUCAAAAAGCAUUUAAAUACCUGAGAGAGGAAGUCAAAACGUUCCAAGGAAAGCCAAUAAUGGCUCGAAUGAAGGCUAAACCUUUCAUCCAUCGGCUGCCAAUAGCACCGGUUCCAGUGACAAUGAAAAAUGGCUAUAGACUGACAUCACCAUCGGCUGUAUAUGAUCCGAAUGCAGCAGUUGCAUAUACAGCUCCACAACGUUUUGUGUAUGCUGCGAAUGGAGCUGCCAUGUCGCAAGCACCUGUCCCAUAUAAUGGCCAAGUCCAUGUGUUUCAGCCAUUUCAACAACAACAAUUUUACUCGGGUCUAGUCACAGCUGCUCCUUGGCCAUCAGCGGCUGCUGCAGCGGUAGCAGCAGCCGCUACAAAUGCACACGGCCAAAACUUUUACGAUAUAGGAAAUGUAUUUGCAGCCAAUGGACUGGCUCCACAAGUACCCCCGUAUACGACAACGGCAGCGGCUGCAGCGGCCGCUGUAGCUGCCAAUUCGGUGUCCAAACCUCAAACAAAUCGUUACAACAAUCAUCGCAAUAGUAACAAUAACAAUCGAGGCAAACAACGCAAUAACUCACAACAGCAGCAGCAACAGCAACAACAACAGCAGCAACAACAACAACAAAUUGUUGGCGGUGGCAGCAGUGCUGGACAAGAUCCUAGAGCCAACAGUUUGAAUACUUCUUCAGGAGGUAAUAUAGUUUCUCCAAUCGAUCACCAUCAGCAACAGUCAACUGUGCAACAGCAACACUUGCAACAGCAUCAAAUGCAACAGCAAUCUGCUGUGGUGACGACAGCUGGUGGUGGUGGUGGAGGACAACAGCAGCAGCAGCAAGGAAGCGGUGGCUCCCAGCAGCAGCAACAGCAGCAGUCGAGGCAUUAUACAAAUAUGAAAAAUAGUGGUGGUGGCGGCGGUAGCAACAAUGCCAGCGGAGCUGGUCCUAAAUCCAUGGACAAGAGCAAUUCCUAUGUUGGUGGUGGUGUUAAUGUUGGCAUGGCACAUCUUCAUAUAAGUUCGUCGUCACAGCAGCAUCAUCACCAGCCAGCGAAUAACAGUUCGUCGUCGGCUGGUCAUCAUGCGGUGCCACAGCACAUGCAACAGCAACAACCGCCUCAAUCCCAUUAUCAAAGUCAUGGUAUGCCUUCCACAACAAUACACGCUUCCUAUCCAUCGCAUCACCAUCAGCCGCAACAGCAGCAACCCCCGGUGCAGCAGUCUCAUGUAAGUGAAAAUCACCACGAUGACGAUGUGGUGCCACAAGCCGCUAUAAUCACGACUCACAGUCGUAGCAUAACGAAUUCCUCGACCAAAGAGCAGAACUGGUCGCAGCGAUUUCGUCGCAGACGGAGAGACGACUCUGGAGAUGGUGGCUACACAUCCAACCAGAGGGUCUCAUCGUCGGGUGGUGGGAUUCUAUCAAGCAACCAAUACAACUCGACGUCUGGUUUGAUGGGCGGCUCUUCAAACUCCAACACCAAAAAUAAUUCUUCAUCUUCUUCGGGUGGUGGCCCUCAAGGUGGAUAUACUUACCACAGCCGAAAUAGUGGUGAACAUCAUCACCCUCAUCAUCAUUCGGUUGGUGGAAGCUCAAGUGGUGGCUACAAUUCACAUCGUGAAGAUCGUCAAAAACUAUCUGGCGGUCCAAACGGUGGCUUAAAUAGUCAAUCUCACCACAGUAACCAUCAUCAGUCGCACCAUCAUCACCAGCAUCAUAGCCAGCAAGCAUUGCAGCAGCAUCCGCCACAUCAACUACACUCUCAGCAUAGCGGUGGUGGAAAUAGUGGUGGCGGUCAUCAACAACCACACCAUCAUCAACAUCAGCCGCCUCAUCAUCACCACCAGCAGUCGUCGUCACAGCAAUCACAACAGCAGCAACAACAACAACAGCCUCAUAAUGCAGCACCUCCACAACAACCACCCCAGUUUGAUUUGGAAGCAGCGGCAUUUCCCCCCUUACCAGGUAUCGAACAAAAUUCACAAAGCUCAGCCAGCAGUCAACCCCAGCAAGCGUCUGUUGCUUCUUUAACUCAUGCACAUACUAAUUUGAAAAAUAAUGCGAAUUUUCCUUCCUUACUUCCAUCGCCAGCCACGACGUCGUCCACAUCAUCACUGAGCAGUAGUUCGAAAUCAGCUGCGUCGGCGGCGUCCAGUGCAAAUAGUUUGCACGAACCUGUGGGCGCCGCCACCGCUAACGCAGCUGCCUCAACCUAUUCCCAUCAGAGUUCUGCAGCGACUGCAGCUGCUAAUGUCGAUUCAAUCGGCAAUCAGCACCAGCAUUCAAAUUCUUAUUCAUCUUUUUCAGCGGCCAACAAUACUAACAGUUCUUCAAUUAGUUCCUCUUCAAACACCAACUGGUCUGAUUCGAAUCGUCUGUCCGAUGUGGUACGUGGCAACAGCAACAAAUCGAACAAAUCCCGAAAGGAUUCCUUUAAGAAUCGCAACGAAAUCAGUCCACCGCCAGCGACAGCUGCUGCUGUUGUUGUUGCUGAUAGUGCGGCGCUACUGGACCUGGACAGACAACCACAGAAAACUAUGACGUCUGGAAAUGCUUCAGUAGUAGCAGCGGCAACUGUUGGCGCUACAACAACAAACAAUACAAAUAAUCAUCCUCCCACUGUGAUAAAGUGUCUAACACAUUCUAAUCCUAUAACGACGGCCACGGUCAACGCCACCACCAACAACACAACAAGCAGCAAUAGUAGCAGCAGCAUCACCAACAUUAGUAGCAAAAUCCAUAAUAAUAAUAAUUCUAGUACAGCUGACAAAGCAACAAAGACUGAUGAAUCGCUGUUAAGCCACUGUUUAGAACAGCAGCAGCAACAGCAGGCUGGCGGAACAGGCGCAAUUCAAAAUGAUGCUGCUGGAACAAUGAAUAAUGCUCAAACAACGCAUGUUGUAAAUACAUGCAGUGUUGCCACAAUGACAUCGUCCUACGAUGGUGGCAAGUCCAAUAAUAAGUUUGUCAGUGGAAGUGGUUCGUCCACCACCUCAAAACAGGGAUUUAGUGCAACUACAACGAGCCCAAAGGAUGCUACUAGCCAAAAGCUGAAGUCAAUUUCAUCUACCUCGUCAAAUAGCAGCAGCAGCAGUAAUAACAACAGCAGCAAUGUGUCUGCUCUCACAACUUCAUCAACGGUGGCUGUACAAAUUGUACCAUCUAUUAGUGCUGGUGGUCCAAAUGCUACUGCUGCAGCACUGCCAUCUUCCUCGCCAGUGAAUACUUUAUUGCCCGAAUCGGCUGGCGGUCGAUUGAGCUAUGCUCAAGUAGCACAACAUCACAAGGAGAGGCUGGCCAAAGAAGGCAAAACUCAAGCCGCUAAUAAUAUUCCCGCAGAUAUUGGGAAAUCGUCAUCUGUGAUCGAAACUUGUCUGGCGACGGUGGCCACAGCGACACCGUCGAUGAUUCCAUCUUCUGUUACUGCCCCUGGUGCUGCACAACUACCACCACCGCCACCAUUGUCGUCGUCCUCUGUACAAAGUAUUAGCGGUAGCAAUAUUUUGGAGAUAAUUCCCUCAGAUAACAACAAUACAAUCAUUGGCAAGGAGAAGAAGAAGGACUAUCCUACUGCUGCUGCAACAGCAGCAUCAACCAUUCUCAAUAACACCGCCGCCAACGUGGCUGUGGUCACAAAUUCAAGCAGUGCUGGUGUGAUACGUGCCACUGACGGCACCAAAGAUAAGGAGUUACCAACACUCCGUCACAAUAAUUCUAGCGCUGGUACCACAACAGCCACAACAACAAUUAUACGAGGCCGUGAAGUAGUCAAUAAGGAACAUCAAAAGAAUUAUGUUCGCGAGAGGCGUGACACCGGAGAUAGCGGCAGCGGUGCUGCUGGUAGUAUCUCCCGUCGAACUGCCUCAACCCGCAAUAAUAAUAACAACAACAACAAUUAGAAUAUGAUUGCAACAUUUCAGAAAUUUUGGAUUGUCGUUAUCAUCGUUAUUGUUAUAGUUUUGGAAUGUAAUCGUCUGAUAAGUGUUGUUGUUUGGGGAGAAGAAAAAUGAUCUGAAAUGUUUGCGAGCGCGACUAGAGUUGUUUAGGACAUACACACAUUUAUAUACACACUCACACAAAAAUCACAUCAAUCCACAAAUACACCCAUAUACAUGUAUAUAUGUAUACAAAAAUAUAUAUGUUCUUUUAAGUAUAUAAGAAGUGUACAGAGAAGCAAAAUGAUGGAACAAAUUCAAUAUAGCAUUGUUUUUUUUUUUUAAUUUGUUCAAUCGACCGUCACACAAGGCAUACAAUACAAAGCUAGCUGAAAGACUACUACUGAAUGCAAAAUCAGCUAAAACUAAUCACCAUCGUUUGUAAUACCAGUCAUCGCGAAUAACUCGAUUUGUUUUUUUUUUUUUUAACAGGAAAACAAUUAAAAAGAAAAUUAUAUGUAAGUACCAAUUAAGGUAGUUAGGUUUAAAUAAAUUAAAGGUGUAUAUUUAGUAACUCUAGGAAUUAAUCAAUGUAAGGUAAACAAAAAGAGAAAAAAAAAAUAAUACAUUUACUAACAAAAAAUAGCUUAAAACAAAAAUUAAAUACUUAAACGAUGUAGCUAUACACAUACAUUAUUAUAUGAUAUAAAUGUUUAUAUAAAAAGUAUAUAUACGUUUAUGCAUAACAUUGGUUAAAAUACGCGAACGAACAUUCUAUCGCUUCCAGAAAACCUAAUUAUUGUGUAAAAAAUGUGUCCAAUUUAAUAAAUAAUCGUACACAGUGUUAUGUUAAGAUUAUCGUGAACAAAAAAAAAAACAAAACCUUCGGUUAACUAAUUCAUUUGCACAACAUCUUAUUUUAGAAAAAAAUUCCUUACCUUUUCAUUAAUUUCUAUCAUUUUCAAAAACGACACACGUUAAAAAUGAUCUCUACUUUUUGAAUUUGUAUUUUCCAUAAAAACGCUUUGAAGAAAACAAAACAGAAAAAAAUAACUUUUCUCAAAUAUUUCCAUCGGCUUAAGCUGUUUAUAUUAUUAAAUUGACAUCGAACUAAAUUUUUAUUUUUUUUUUUAUUAUUUAACUGAUACUGUUGAGAUCUUCGAUUCUAA